CAGUCCAACGUCGGCAACGCUCAGGUCUACGAGGCCGGUGACCAGCGCAACUACACAGACUCCGAGAUCCAGGAGGCAAAGAAGGAGAACCGCUUCCACGAGGGCAAAGAGAACUCCCACAAGGCUCAGGACUCUAAGGACGAGCGAACCAUUGCCAACAAGCUCGCGCGCGAGGAGAAGCGCGAGAACGAGGACGACGACAAGCUGAGCGAGGAAGACCGUGCGCGCAAGAUCGACGCCACCCUGCCCGCGAGGAUGCACGGUAACGAGCCCAGCAAGGGCGCCAAGCUCGACCAGGAGCUGAGGGAAGAGGAGCAGGCUGAGCUCGAGCGCAAGGGC